AUGGCAGAGACAAUCAAAAAGCGCCCGGGCAGGCCAAAGAAGGUCGUGGAGGAAGAGCCCCUGGUCUUGGUAUCUGAGCCUACCGCGAGCGCGUCCGUGCCAGAGAAGACAACUGUGCGCAAAGCCACCACGAGCACCAAGACGGCGGCCAAAGCUUCAGUCCCCGCAGGUGACACCACAACGACAGCUACGAGAAAGACGACGAGGACGGUGAAGAAGGCAGUUGAGGAUGGCGAGAGCAAGACAGUGGUAGCGACAUCAAGCCCGUCAAGUACGAAGCGCGCCAAGACCACGACGGCAACCACCAAGUCAUCAACUAAAGCGUCACUUUCUCCGACGACAUCGUUGACAGAGACCAAAUCUAGCACGUCGAAAUCCAGGAAAGCCGCGCCGGAGCCUAUCGCCAACCCGACGCAGAGCCGUGCGGCAUCAGACGGCAAAGUGGCGUCUUCCUCAACAACCGCUGCGAAAACGACCAAGUCGUCAACGGCGCCGAAGUCGGCGCCGCCAAACUCACAGAGCAUAUCAGCCGAAGCAGCUGGGACCCCUAAAUCAUCGGAUGAAUCCUCUGCAACUGCCCCAGAGCCUUCAUCGACAGAACCCAUCGCGAGCAAAUCAUCCUUUCUCUCCUCCUUCUUCAACGAGCCCGAACCCGGUCCCGCCGGCGGCAGCACCAUCACAAUCGAAGAGGAGAAAACCCUACGCCAAAACGAGACCCCCGCACCACACACGCCCAAAGCUCGCGCCGCGGCAGCAAAGCGGCUACGAGAUGAGCAGCGCACCGCCACUCGAGCGGAUCCGGCGGCACCAGUCAUAGAUGGCCAGGCUGUAGCGAAAGAGCAGAUCGCGAUCCGCUCGCGCAUCCAGGCGUACGGCGCGAAGAGCUUUGCCGCGCUGCGGGCGAGGACCGAUAGUGAGCCUGAUGUUUCGACCUCAACCUCCCCUGAACCAGCGGCUUCUUCUUCUACUACUUCUACGCCACAAGUCUCAACGGAAGGAUCUAGCACGGCCGCUUCCCAGCCCAAGUCCACCACGACGGCACCCAACUUCCCACCACCACCGCAAACCACACCACCCGCACCCCCCACGCCGCCAGCAGCCUCAGCUGCCACGACCCCCACGACCGUACCCAGCACCCCACAACCCAAGCCCUCCCGCCUCCGCCCCCCUCAACCAUCAUCCACACCGGCCCCCCAAGCCGCCGCCGCCCUACCCGCAAAACCCAAGCCCAAACCCAAACCCUACGAGCGCCCCACCCCCCUAAAACCCACCGAAACCCCCCUCGCCGAGUUGAAAAAGAACCGCGAGUUCCGCCGCCUCUCACGGCGCUGGACGGGCUUUAUCGUGGCGUGUCCGAUCCUCAUUGCCACGAGCAUUGAAUUGUGGCGAAGGUAUGAGGUCAUGAGGGCGGAGAGGGUUGCUGGGGGUCUGGGUGUUGGUGGUGGUGGUGGUGGUAGUGCAGGGGAGGCGGGACGGAGGGGGACAGGGGAGGAGGGGAUGCGGAACGGGGGGAUUUGA